CCCAGUCGUCUUCCGCUUUUGCCUACCGUCUCUGCUGCGAAUCCAAACCAUGCUGCGCUGCUGUGCUGCCAUUGUGGCGCGCCCAGCAUUGCGUCAGCACGCACAACGCGACUUGCACCAUCCGACACUGAGUGCCACUCUGCACAGCGACGACGCGCCAACGCACCGCCCGUCCACGCGGAUGCUGAGCUCGCGGCUGCUGCUUCCCGCCAAGAAGCUGCUGGUUCCCGCCAAGAAGCCGCUCAGCCGGCAGUCGACCGCCACCGCCGCGACGCCGCAGCGCGCGUUCUCAUCGCAUCACCAAGCCACUGAGCACUUUCCGACAAGACCGGGCGGUCUGCUGGGCGGAGAGCCGCUCGCUCGUUCCGCGACCUCUGCCUCGUCGUCGUCCACAUUGUCGCCUUUUUACAAUGGCUCUGCACAAAUGCUUCCGACCAGGGUCCAAUCUCAUGCAAUGUUCAACACGUUCGUGCAAGCACCAAGUCCGAUCUACGCCACUCCGGCGCGACAUGCGUCGUCCAAGCCUGAAAUUUCAAUGUCUGGCAAGGCGUACGCGCGGUUGGUGCGAUUUGUCCAAGAGCACGCAGACCGCCUGCCAUUGCUACUGCCGCCAGUCAUUCAUGUAGCAGGCACAAACGGAAAGGGCAUGGUGUGUGCCAUGACCGAAAGCACGCUGCGGGUAUCCGGGCUGACCACGGGCUUGUUUGUGUCCCCGCCGCUGGUGCAUGACCGGGAUUCAAUUCGCAUCAACAACCGGCCGGUGUCGGAAGAGCUCCUUGAAGAGUCGCGUGCGUGGGUUUUGGCACGGCUGGAGGAUUUCCAAAAGCGCCCCACCCCGUAUGCACGCUUCGCCUUCCCCAACGAGAAGGACCGCUUUUUGACCGAGUUUGAGGUGCUGACGCUGGUUGCCUUCCGCAUAUUCAUUGCAAGCAAGGUCGAUGUGGCAGUGAUUGAAUGCGGCAUGGGUGGCAUGCACGAUGCGACCAACUUGAUCCGGUCAAGUGCCGUUAGCGUCGUUACCUCGGUCUCACUCGAGCACAGCCAAUUUCUUGGGGGCGCCGUGACGCAAAUCGCCCAGAACAAGAGUGCCAUUGCUCGAUCUUUCAAGCCUACAGUCGUUGGCCCCAUGCAUGAUCUCGAAGUGGUCCGUACGAUCGCCACCUCCUUGAUAUACCAAAGCUCCUGUCCGGUUUGGUCUGAGCCGGCCGAGCUGGUCUCGCCCGAUGCCCACAUCACCGCAUCUCCUGCCUCCGAUGCUGCACGCCAACUCGCACAGUCCAAUUCAAAGUCCGAAACACCCAGCACGCGUCAGUUGUACCGCGCCCGCUACGCUGGGAUUGAAUUUCAACUGCCCAGUCCCAGCCCAACAACGCUUAUUAAUGCUGGCAUUGCUGUCGAUGUGAUUCGGUCGGCCCGCAUCUCCCACCCUACAUUCUACCACAUUCGUGAUGAACACAUUGCGCAAGGACUGGCGCAGUUUUAUUGGCCGGGCCGAAUGCAGUGGACUCGGUUUACGUUCGACUCCUCGUCCUCCUCCUCUUCUUCUUCCUCUUCCUCCUCCUCGACCAAAGCUGAUGCAGCCAACACGGCCAAGCAACCCGCGGAAACGAAGACGAAAACGAAAAAAGAGAGUCUGCCGUCCAAUAGCGGCGGGAAAAUUGACAUGCCAGUCCUCCUUGAUGGAGCGCACAACCCGGCCGCGUUUGUUGAGCUUCGGAGAUUUGUCGACGCCGAGCAGCAGGCGUGGGUGGAUGCCAAUCCCAAGCUCCCGCCUCGGCCUAUCGUGUGGAUUCUGGCGGUGACGCAGUCAAAGGACGUGGCAGAGAUUGGUCGAGCCUUGCUCGCCGUGCCCGAGAGUGAGGCCGCAGCGGGUCGCAGUCCAUCGCCCAAGCCAACACAAAAUGAAACGAUUGUCUGCGUCCCUCAUACGCCUCCCAAGUCCAUGCCGUGGCUGUCGUGCAUCCAGCCAACGGACCUUGCUGAGCAACUCCAGGGGUUUUCCUCACCCAGGAUCAAGGUGCGAUCAGAGGCCAGCUUGUUUGCUGCACUUCAGAGCACAUACGCAGCCAUGACUUCUGAGACCACGGAUGGACCAGCACCGCUGGUGGUUGUGUGUGGUUCGCUGUAUCUGGUUCGCACGUUCUACCUCUUGCAGCGCAGCGGCAAUUCCAGUCCCGAGUUUUUGGCAUCGACCACCGGUGCUGAUUAUGUCGAAUAGUGCGGGGGCGAGGGCGUGCCACGGCGUCUAGCAAAAACGCCAGCAAACACACCAAAAUGCGGUCUUGCUGUUGGGCGAUCUGCGUUUUCGUUGUUGUUGUUUCAAUCGAGAUGAAGCAAGUCAAC